UAUGAAAUUAAGCGUUUUGUUUAUCGUGAUGCAGCUGCUCUUCCUGCUGGCCAUUCGGGCGAAUGACCUUUCACAGGAUCAGCAGGAUAUGCCAGCCAGUUGGCAGGAGUUGCAAAAUAAGUUGGCCCAUCCUUGGAGCACCCCAUGUAUUCGCAACUGCCUCGAGGAGAAUAACAUCCUUGUGGAUCGACCAAGCGAAUGUCGGCAGGUCGAGCAGCGAUUCGACUGUACUCUGCACUGCAUGUUUCACGCCGAGCAGCGCUAUUAAGCCAUAAAGUUUGAGUACAAAUACGCACAGAUCAAGGACAUCACGCGGAACAUCCGCAAGGCAGUGGUGGCCACAACGUUGUCGGAGUUGCGGGUGAAGGUGUCGGUGAAAUUCGAGCGGGCUC